CUCUGCAAGUUUCUUCACCUUCAAAAAAAUGCUGUGAUGAUUAAAUGAGUCUGUUGUGGAAGGAACCGUGUCCUCGCAGUGGCCGGGGCAACAUCCAAACUCCAACCCGAAGGCUAGGGCAAAGGGGAGGGACGCCGGCAGGGCAGCCAACCAUAUUUCUAGCCGCUGUGACGACGGCGGGAAACAUGGAACGCGCCGCCUUAAGCCGCCUUAAGCCAGCUUUGCACUCUUGACAGGAUUCAUCUUCCAGGCUCCCCUUCCAUCAAGUCUCUCAUCCCCAGCGCUCUGGGUCCCCAAUGGCAGCGGCCGCCACUACCAAGAUCCUUCUGUGCCUCCUGCUUUUGCUCCUGCCGUCGCUCUGGUCCCGGGCUGGGCGAGCUGACCUUCACUCUCUUUGCUAUGAAAUCACCAUCAUCCCUAAAUUUAGACCUGGACGACGAUGGUGUGCGGUUCAAGGCCAGGUGGAUAAAAAGACUUUUCUUCACUAUGACUGUGGCAACAAGAUAGUCACACCCGUCAGUCCCCUGGGGAAGAAACUAAGUGUCACAAAGGCCUGGAAAGCACAGAACCCAGUACUGAGAGAGGUGGUGGACAUGCUCACAGAGCAACUGCUUGACAUUCAGCUGGAGAAUUACACACCCAGAGAACCCCUCACCCUGCAGGCCCGAGUGUCUUGUGAGCAGAAAGCCGAAGGACACCGCAGUGGAUCUUGGCAGUUUGGUUUCGAUGGACAGGUCUUCCUCCUCUUUGACUCAGAGAACAGAAUGUGGACAACGGUUCAUCCUGGAGCCAGAAAGAUGAAAGAAAAGUGGGAGAGUGACAAGGAUGUGACCAUGUCCUUCCAUUACAUCUCAAUGGGAGACUGCACAAGAUGGCUAAAGGACUUCUUGACGGGCACGGACAGCACCCUGGAGCCAAGUGCAGGAGCAUCACUCACCAUGUCCUCAGGCACAACCCAACUCAGGGCCACGGCCACCACCCUCAUCCUUUGCUGCCUCCUCAUCAUCCUCUGCUGCUUCAUCUUAGCUGGCAUCUGAGGAGAGUCGUUUAGAGUGACAGGUACUGUGGGCAGAAUUGCAAGUUGAACAAGGAGCAGGUGGGUGAGGAGGCAGGACGGGAAAAGAGAAUUCCCAGAGUCCCACCCCUCCCUGUGGCUGGGACCUUCUCAUCCUGACAUGAGACAGGUGAAUGAGACCUUGUGUCACCUGUUGGCAAUGACCUGGGCAGCUCAUUCCUGAUUACUGAUGGAUUCUCACCUUCAGAGUCCAGAGGGAAAAGGAAGGGCCCAUACCAAGGCUCAGAGUCUGUUGAGCUUGAGGUUUAACAAGUUCGGGCAUGAUUCAGAGCAGGUUCCUAUUCAGGAAGGGUGUGUGGCCUGCAGGCAGCAGGAAUUCAGAUAUGGGCAGUCCUCUUAAUUGAGUUAGGUGCAUCAUGGUAGUUUUACAUGAGAUGUGAAAGGGAAGGGGGAUUCCAUCUCUGAGGCUAAGAGAGAGAUCUGGGUGUAAUCCCAGGAGGAGGGGGCUGGGAGAGCCUUGGUACACCUAAUGAAAAAAGUGGGAGUACAGGGCUGCCUUCCUACAGAAAGUGGCUUGGGUUCCAGGAAUUAAGGUGGAAGAUAAAGAGUAGAGGCUGCUCAAGAGAAGGAUAUUUAAAAAGUCAGUUACAUGGACCCGUGGGGUUUGAGGCAGCUCCCCUGCCAUCACCCUCCUGCACACCCCAGAUCUUGAGCCCGCUGAUAGCCCUGCCAGGAGCAGAGUGGAUUCAGGGGAAGGAGGGUCUGAGGUGCUGCUGGGGUUCCACGGGCACCACUGGGCUGGACCAGGAAUGGAUAAGGUGGAACAGGGACAGAUACCUUCAGAGCUAUGGGUGCUGCUCCCAGUGUGAGGAAAGGCUCAAGAAGAAGGAGAAAGAAGGAUGUUUGCCUGCAGGCCGACCCAAGGCCAAGGGCACAGGAAUACAGAACCCUGUCUUUGGAUGUCUGCCCCACUCCUUGCCAUGUUUUAGGCCCUCUCAUCAGAUCAUAGAGAGGGCCUUGAGUGAGGGUGCGGACCCAUCACUACCAGCUUCAGACCUGUGGGCCCCUCCACUCCAUGCCCUGGUCAGGUGCAGGGCCUGGACUGACUCUGUGAUGUGACAAAGGAGGAAAGAGGUUGGUCCAAGCUGCAGUCGCCAGGGUUGGGCCUCAAGGGAAAAAUAGGUCCCUUAGUGCAGGGGGAUCUGAGACAUGGAGUGACUAGGGAAAGUUUACCCUGGAAAAGUGAUCCGGGUUCUCUGCCUAUUAAACCAACAUUUGUGUCCCUUCUGAAGGUUAAAGAUGAUACCAGCCGGGCGCGGUGGCUCAAGCCUGUAAUCCCAGCACUUUGGGAGGCCGAGAUGGGUGGAUCA